AAACCAGCACAAAACAAGCAUUGUGUACCGCUGGCUUGAACCAUAGGUUUUCAGUAUUGACAGUGGAUAUAGGAACACAGUUUAUCUUUUCUGGUGUACAUAUUAUUAUAGGAUAAAGAUAUUACGAUUUUUUGGAUAGCAAAUAUGUUUGUACGACUUUUUGUUCAGCUGGCGCAUAUCAAGAAACCUUAUUAAAGUUUUAGCAUUUAACGGAUCUCAAUUUGCACUCAUCAUUCUCAAACUGUUGACGAAGAGUUAGGUUAAUGUACUAGGUUCAAAGUUAAUAUAUAAACCUCUCGAGUCAGGAUGACCACCGGCAAAGACGACGAUGCUUUUUGGUAUAGCAGUGAGACGCGGUUGUUCUGUUUCGAAGAUAAUGAGGUGGACCAAUUGUUUGGUGUCUCAAAAAAUGACACAGAGAAAUUGUGGGCUGGAAUUUCCAAGACAUCGAUUUCCGAAAGCAAUCUCAAGCCCAGUGAUGAUUUCCAAAGUACAAAACCUCUCCUUUCAAUCAUAUCUGAGAAGACCCUUUCACGUAUUUUAGCUUUAACCGAAUGUAAACUGCAAAAUUUGUACUCAGAAGCAGCCAUUGUUCAGCCAGAUAUUACCUUAAGAAAAAUUUUGCUUGGUCAGCCGUAUUCAUUGGAACAAUACAGUUCAUUGGCCAGUAAAACUGCACUUCUAGAUGCUGCUAUUUUAAGCGGAGAUGGAAAUGCUAUUUUGAUAAUAGUUUUAUUUCUCACAAAGACUUUAAAGCGAUCGUUGGUCCAAAGACUACUAGCAGACAGACCAGAUGCAGUAAAUGUGUAUUUACAUUAUCUCUUUAUAAGACUACAGACAAACGAGAUAACUGACAUUUUGACUAUGCUGGGUCAAUCUUUAACUGCUGCUAUGAAGAAUCUACACAUUAUUAUAAAAAACACAAAAGAACCAAAUACGCUGCUGCAGAAACUUCAUAACUGCUACAAGGUACAUUUUGCCAUACUGCCUGACUGUAAAGAGACCACAUUUCUCCAAUGUUACAUCAAACUAUUGGAAUGGCAAGUGGCGAUUAAGCAGAAGAAAGAUAACGAGGAACUUGCAUUAAAUUCUUCGGUUCUGGAAUCUCUGCAUUACGCAUGUAAAUACCACUGCAAUACGCCGGACCAUUAUGUCGUAAUAUCACCUACAACUCUCUCUCGUGAUCAUGACAUUUCUUCUAGACUAUAUCAAAAAGUCACUUUGCAAGUCAAAGCUACCUGCGGCGCAUGGGACGAUAUCGAUCGUCUACUUUUAACAAAGGGAAUGCUUGGGAAUAUAAAGCUGCAAACAUGUUUGCACAUGGAAGAUGUCUUGAAAGUAUUGCAUAAGCACAAUGCGCCGUACGCUAUUCUCGAAAAGUACUUAAAAUUCGUCGAUAAUUUGGAGAAACGAUUGGAAUUGGCAAAGAAAUUAUCUUGUUACACGAUAGUUACCGAUAUAUUCGUACAACAAGGAAAUCGUACAGCGCUUAUGGAUCAUAAGGCAAAAUUGCAACCACAGUCGGAAGAAUAUUUUUAUGCUGAGAGUGCUUUGCGUUUACCUCACGUCAAGUGGAAAAGCUAAGUGUGUGUGUGCAUCGCAAAUAAUAUAUUUAAAUUGUGUAAUUGCGCUGCUUUGUAUAUUAUGAGAAAAAAGAAAUGAUGGAUUUGAAUACGA